AGCCUUCUCCCCUUCUUCAUCCAGUCUCCAUGAGCCAGAGCAGUUCCAGAUGUCCUCCUCAUCCUCUGUGGUGGGAAUGACCUGGGAGAUGUCACAAGUGUCAACCUCAUCACAGCAAAAUAGGAGGACCUGCACCACCUUCACCUACAGCAUCCAGACAUGAUAACCUCCUCUUGCACCACCCAGAGUCGCAGGUGGAAGGCUGCUGCCAGUCUGGGGAAGAUUGACAAGGCCCACAGAUUUGUUUGUGAGGGCGCGCAGGUUGAUGAAGGCGUCUCCCUGUCACCCAGUAGAGCUUGGGUGCCCGCUGAUGUCAGGAGACAGUGAUCCGCGCUGAGGAGGGGCGGGCGCUGCCAACAUGUGACAGAGAGCAGUCGGCUGGUUUCUCCACACCCAUCUGACCAUUAAAGAGCUCAGGAGAGUGAAAAGACGCGGGGCAGCUGGAGGAGCGGGUCGGACUAUAACCGGGAGUUGCUCACACCAAGUUCUGCUCUGCUGCAAACAAAACAAAAACAACAACAUCAACAACAAAAUGGCAAGUUCUGCUUCCUUGGAGACGAUGAUGUCCUGCGGUAGGACCGGACCGUCCGCGGCUCCUAAGACCCUUGCCUUCUCCAUAGACCGGAUCAUGUCCAAGAGCUCGGAGCCGAAGGGGAGCGCGGAGGAGCGCUCAGAGGGGAAGAAGCUGCUGGGGCUGUGCUCCCCGAUCCCCUGCAUGAUCCCGCUGCAGCCUUUCAGCUACGACCUCCAAGCCAAGGCGCUCAUGAACUACUCGGAGCUGUGGAGAGCCAGUUUCAGGGGGACUUUUUGCGGCUCGGCAGCCGCUCCGUGCAAAGGGAACUGCGGUAUGUGCGGCAAAGCGGAGCCGGGCUUGAAACAGCCGCUGUUGACGUCGGGGAGCAGGGUGGUGAAACCGCAGGUCAUCCACCAGGCCGUGGCCGUGCCCAGCGGCGGCUCGCUUUACUAUCUCAACUACCUGGACUCUGCGUACCAGCAGUCGGAGCUGUUGGCCGGACACUGGUUCUCCAACCCGCAGGCCCAGGCCUCUCUGUCGGCGCACCACAGACUGUUGCUGCUGGAGAACGCCAAACUUGCCGGGGUGGGGGCCGACAAGCUGCCCACACCUCAGUACCCGCACAAGGAGCAUCUGCCGGGGCAGCUGGACCAGAUAGUGAAGGAGAACCACGGCCUGAGCGCAGAGAAGAACGGCGUCAAGACACACAGCAAACUCAGCAGCAGCAGCAGCAGCAGCGCUGCAGACGGAAAACCCAAAAACUUUACGUGUGAAGUGUGUGGAAAGGUUUUCAACGCACAUUACAAUCUGACCAGACACAUGCCGGUGCACACCGGAGCUCGGCCCUUCGUGUGUAAAGUGUGCGGGAAAGGAUUCCGACAGGCCAGCACGCUGUGCAGACACAAGAUCAUCCACACACAGGAAAAGCCUCACAAAUGUAAUCAGUGUGGGAAAGCGUUCAACAGAAGCUCCACACUCAACACUCACGUACGGAUCCACGCCGGGUACAAACCUUUUGUUUGUGAGUUCUGCGGGAAAGGUUUCCACCAGAAAGGAAACUACAAGAACCACAAGCUGACGCACAGCGGGGAGAAGCAGUACAAGUGCUCCAUCUGCAACAAGGCCUUCCACCAGAUCUACAACCUGACCUUCCACAUGCACACGCACAACGACAAGAAGCCCUUCACCUGCGCCACCUGCGGCAAGGGCUUCUGUCGCAACUUUGACCUGAAGAAACACAUCAGGAAGCUGCAUGACAACGUCUUCACCACGGCCACGGAGGCCUCCAGAGAGCUGCAGAGCUGAGGCUGCAACACAUUCUGAUAUUCCACCUCAGACUGUUAGGCCUCAAAGAGACUGGCUUAGUUCCUCCACGUUGAACAGUUUUUCAAAGUCCAGAGGGAAGGUGGAGGGGUCCAAUGAAAUUGGACAUAGGAUCCUGCCCAAGUGUGCCAACAGUGACACUGUAGGAAACAGACCAGAAGGUACAAAGACACCUCAUACUCACACUGGGUCCCAUACUGUAGGAUUAUUAUAGGGAUGUUUUUCUGCCCAGAUAGAAUUUCUUCCUGUGUUGCCAGUUACAAGCAUCAAACAUGGGAGAAAUUGUCUGUCUCCAUCAUGGAACUGUAAAUAAUAGGUUAUGGAAAUUUAAAAAAUGAUAUUUAAAAUGUGAAUCAUUGCCAUGUUGUGUAUUUCACAGGAAAAAAAUGUUAAUGUGAAUAAAUAAG